CGUCCCAGAUGAUCCCUCCCCGAGGCGGCCUCCGCCUCCUCCAUCUCCCGGAGCUGAGCCACCUCCCCGGUCAGUGGCGCAGCCCAGGAGUCGGUGUCGCGGCUAGUUGGAUCGUGGCGGGGGCCGAGCGGGGGGCCAUGGAGAAAGCGGCCCGAGGCGCUCUCCACACCGACUAGAGCAGGCCGCGGCGGCUGCCCUGCCGACGCCAUGGACCGAGCCCCAGCAGACCAGAAUGUCAAGCUUUCAGCAGAAGUAGAACCAUUUAUUCCCCAGAAGAAGAAUCCUGAUGCCUUUAUGAUCCCUAUGGCUCUCCCAAAUGAUAACGGAAGUGUUUCUGGUGUCGAACCAACUCCAAUUCCCAGUUACUUGAUUACUUGUUAUCCAUUUGUUCAAGAAAGCCAGUCUAAUAGACAAUUUCCUUUAUAUAAUAGUGAUAUACGAUGGCAACAGCCCAAUCCAAACCCUACUGGACCAUACCUUGCGUACCCCAUUAUAUCUGCUCAGCCACCUGUUUCUACAGAGUACACGUAUUAUCAGCUGAUGCCAGCACCCUGUGCCCAAGUCAUGGGUUUUUACCAUCCUUUCCCGACACCAUACUCCAGCACCUUUCAGGCUACAAGUACUGUACAUACCACAGCCACAGAGUGCACUGAGCGUCCAAGUCAGCUUGGACAGGUCUUCCCAUUGUCCAGUCAGCGAAGUAGAAACAGUAACAGAGGGCCAGUGGUGCCAAAACCACAGCUUUUACAACAGCACAUAAAAAACAAACGGCCACAGGUGAAAAAUGUAGCUACUCAGAAAGAAACAAAUGCAGCAGGUCCUGAUAAUCGAUCAAAAAUUGUGCUUCUGGUAGAUGCUUCACAGCAAACCGAUUUUCCAUCAGAUAUUGCUAACAAGUCUCUCUCAGAGAGCACUGCUACACUGCUUUGGAAGUCCAAGGGCAGGAGGAGAAGAGCAUCCCACCCUACUGCAGAGUCCUCUAGUGAGCAGGGGGCUAGUGAAGCCGACAUUGACAGUGAUAGUGGUUAUUGCAGCCCCAAACACAACAACCAGCCUGCAGCAGGGGCUCUGCGGAAUCCUGAAUCAGGGACCAUGAAUCAUGUGGAAUCAUCUGCCUGCUCAGGUGGUGUAAAUUGGCCCAAUGUGACUUGCCAGGCAACUCAGAAAAAACCUUGGAUGGAAAAAACCCAAACAUUUGUUAGAGGUGGAAGGCAAAUUGAACAAAAAAAUAAUUCACAGGUUGGGUUCAGAUGCCGAGGACAUAGUACUUCUUCAGAAAGAAGACAGAAUUUGCAAAAGAGACAAGAUAAUAAACAUUUAAACCCUACUCAAUCCCAUAGAAGUGACCCAAAUUCUGAGUCUUUAUAUUUUGAGGAUGAAGAUGGGUUUCAAGACAUAAAUGAGAAUGGAAAUGCUAAGGAUGAAAAUACUCAACAGAAACUUUCUUCAAAAGUAUUGGAUGAUUUACCUGAAAACUCACCCAUCAAUAUAGUUCAGACUCCAAUUCCCAUUACCACCUCAGUUCCUAAACGUGCAAAGAGUCAGAAGAAGAAAGCAUUAGCCGCAGCCCUUGCCACAGCUCAAGAAUACUCAGAAAUAAGUAUGGAGCAAAAAAAAUUACAGGAAGCUUUAUCCAAAGCAGCUGGAAAAAAGAACAAAACACCUGUGCAGCUAGAUUUAGGAGACAUGUUAGCUGCUCUGGAAAAACAACAACAAGCAAUGAAAGCACGGCAGAUCACUAAUACCAGACCUUUAUCAUAUACAGUAGUUACUGCAGCUUCUUUUCACACUAAAGACUCUACUAACAGAAAACCUUUAACCAAAUGUCAACCCUGUUUGACGUCCUUUAAUUCUUUGGAUGUUACUUCCUCUAAAGCAAAAAAAGGAAAAGAAAAGGAAAUUGCAAAACUGAAACGACCCACAGCACUUAAAAAGGUUAUUUUGAAAGAAAGAGAGGAAAAGAAGGGACGUCUAACUGUGGACCACGGUGUUUUGGGAUCUGAGGAACCAACGGAAGUACAUUUAGAUUUUAUUGAUGAUUUGCCACAAGAGGUUGUUUCCCAGGAAGAUGCAGGACUGAGCAUGCCCAGUGAUACUUCACUUUCUCCAGCAAGUCAGAACUCUCCAUACUGUAUGACACCUGUGUCGCAAGGCUCUCCUGCUAGUUCUGGCAUUGGCAGUCCAAUGGCAUCAUCAACAAUAACUAAAAUCCACAGCAAAAGAUUUCGAGAAUAUUGUAAUCAGGUUCUCUCUAAGGAAAUUGAUGAAUGUGUGACCCUUCUUCUCCAAGAGCUUGUAAGUUUUCAGGAACGCAUCUACCAAAAGGAUCCUGUAAGAGCCAAAGCAAGACGACGACUAGUUAUGGGCCUACGGGAGGUUACCAAGCAUAUGAAGUUAAAUAAGAUCAAAUGUGUUAUAAUUUCCCCAAACUGUGAGAAAAUCCAGUCAAAAGGCGGCCUGGAUGAGGCACUCUAUAAUGUUAUAGCUAUGGCACGGGAACAAGAAAUUCCUUUUGUGUUUGCCCUUGGAAGAAAAGCUCUAGGACGCUGUGUGAACAAGCUGGUUCCUGUGAGUGUAGUGGGAAUCUUCAACUAUUCUGGCGCUGAGAGCCUGUUUAAUAAGUUAGUAGAACUCACUGAGGAAGCCAGGAAAGCAUAUAAGGAUAUGGUUGCCACAAUGGAACAAGAACAGGCUGAGGAGGCCUUAAAGAAUGUAAAAAAGGUACCACACCACAUGGGGCAUUCGCGGAAUCCCUCUGCAGCAAGUGCCAUUUCUUUCUGCAGUGUUAUUUCUGAGCCCAUCUCUGAAGUCAAUGAAAAGGAAUAUGAAACAAAUUGGAGAAAUAUGGUGGAAACUUCAGAUGGCUUGGAAACAUCAGAAAAUGAGAGAGAAGUUUCCAGUAAGCACAGUACUUCUGAAAAACCCAGUCAACUUGGACUUGACCCAGCCCCUGUUGGUAAGCAGCCAUCACUAGUGGCUGCAGGCAGCACUACCUCAGCUGUGCACCCAGGGAAAUGCACAGCAGCUGAGAAGGAGGAAGUGAAGCCAGAUGACCUGGAGUGGGCCUCGCAGCAGAGUACAGAAACUGGCUCUUUGGAUGGCAGUUGUCGAGAUCUUUUGAAUUCCUCCAUCACCAGUACCACCAGCACCCUUGUACCUGGCAUGCUUGAAGAAGAAGAUGAUGAAGAUGAGGAAGAAGAGGAAGAUUACACUCAUGAACCCAUAUCAGUAGAAGUACAGCUCAAUAGUAGAAUUGAGUCAUGGGUCUCAGAGACCCAGAGGACGAUGGAAACCCUUCAGCUUGGAAAGACCCUUAACGAGGAAGACAAUGUAGAGCAGAGUGGAGAAGAGGAAGCAGAAGUGCCUGAAGGGCUGGAAUCAGGGACGGACAGUGAGACCUGGACUGCUGAGCAGCAAGCCUGUCCUGAGCAACCUAAGCUCAGCAGCUGUGGCUCUGGGAAUCAGGAGCACUCUGAUCCCAGUUCUACUUCCCAGAACAUGUAACUUGGGAAGUGCCAGCUUGUCUCCCACUGUGUGAGGGUGCAGCCAUGUGCUUGAUGCUUCAUCUCAGCGUUUUGUACUGUCCAGUACUUACUAUAUGUUUUUAAUUUCUACCAAAUAUUUUUGUAGCUUUUACCUGUUUUGUUAUCUGUAGUUUUGCUUUUAACUAACAUCUUAGUAUCUUUUUAAGAAUUCUGUGGACAAUUCAAAUGUUUCAAUUUAUUUUGUAACAAAACAUAAUGAUUAAAAAAAGACCAAUUUCUAAAGAAAAUAAAUUGAAAAUGCCUGUUUAAGGUCAUUUUGAAAGCUAAAGCUCAAGGUCCUUAGGGUAAAAGCAGUUUCCAGUUGUUGGACCAAGAAGUUAGGCUUCUUUUAAAGAGAGCUGGGAUGGGGUUGGGGAUGUGACCAGUUGGAAGUGUUUUGCCUAGCAUACACAGAGCCUUGGGUUCAAUCCCAGCACCAUGUAAACUAGGUGUAGUGGUACAUGCCUGAAAUUCCAGAGUACUCAGGAGGGUAGGCAAGAAGAUUAUAAGUUUAAAGCCAGCCUCAGCUACCUAGUGAGUUCAAGGUCAGCCUGGCCUACUUGAGACCCUGUCUCAAAAAAAAAAGAGGAGGUAGGGUCAGAAACUAAAAGGCCAAGGGUAAGUCUGUAAAGUGUUGUAUGUUAGAAAAGUCAUGCACCUUUUAUUUGAUCCAUAAAGGUAUAAAUCUGAUCAUUGUAACCAGUGAAAAUUAGAGCAGGCUAAAAUAGCCUGUAAAACUUAGGUAGAAAUGGAGGGAACAGCACAUACUGGAUUGGAGCUGGCUGCCAUCAUCUGUGGAAAGUGAUAGAUGUCUAUAAGAAUAAGUCACCCACUAUAGGACCUAGCAGGUCCCAUACUUGCUUUUACCUCAGGAAUGCUCUUGUACACAGUCUUACUGGUGUAAAGUAGGGCACAUUUUGACGAGAGAAUAACUGAAGGGUUGUAUGUUUGUAGCACUUAGCUGUAAACCCUCAGAAACUUAGUUACUAUGGUGUGCUCUUUUGCUUGCUUCUGGUUCAGGACCAUCUUGACUUGAAUUGUGAAUUUAUGUAGGUGUUCAAACAAAUCCUAAAUGCAAGUCAUGUCAUCUUUUUAAGUGUGCAUUUUCACAUCCUCAUCAUAGCAACAAUCACAGUUAUUCACAGGAAGUCAAGGAAAAAAAACAUUUGCACAACUUAUAACGUGCCCACAUAAGGCUUGAGAUUUUAAAAGAAAAAAGUUUUUCUAAUUGUGCUGAGCCUAUAAGAUGAUUUAGAGUAUACAGAUAUAUGAAGGAAAUAAUUUUUUUACUCACUAUUAUUUAUCUGCCUUUUGCUAAGAAUGUAUGAAUUUGCUUGGGAGAAAUUAAUGAGCUCUGUGUUUUUUAUUUGCCAGUCAGGCACCACCUUCGUACUUUAGUGAUCUCUAUGAGCUUAUGUAAUGGUGGGAGAAUUACACAUCACCCAUUUUUCUGCUUUCUGUCUACUUCCUCAUCCAUCACCACCUGGCCAAUAAACACACGGACACGUCAGCUUUCCACUUACAAGUUCUCAUAAGUAAACAUGGAAGUGAGGAGAGGGGUGUUUUCCUUUCCCUGAAGAGAAUCAUUAUGAAAAUAGAACUCAUGGGACUACUGUGUUAGUUGUGAUGUUUUAUAAUGCUGACAUUUAAUUUCUGGAGAGAUUAGAUUCUUGGUUGAUAUAUAGUAUAAAGUGUGGGAACAUUGCUCUAUUUAAAAAGUCAGUCUGUCAACUUUACUAGUGUGCCAAAUGGGGACAUUAGCAUACUGUCUGGUCUAAACUGUUCUCCAGUAUAGACUUCUAAACAAUUAUAUGUGCUUAAAUCAGCAUGUAAGGAAUGAAGCCUCUGAGAUAGUAAUCAUAGAUUUAUAUGUGGCAGAUCUUACUGUCUCUAUAUAUUUGGAAAUGUUAAUUUAUUUAAAGAAAUGAUAGAAGUUUUGAACUACUGACAGUUUUUGAAAGUAAUAAACUUUUCAUACUUUUUAUGGUGUUUCCUUCAUGUGAUGUCAGUGAUUCAGAUAACUCUUGAUCUUGAGGUAAUGGUUUUUAAAAGGCUUCUUGUAUUUUAUAUCUCUUCUGGACAUGAAUCAUUAUUUUAGAUUUUGACAUUUGUACCAAAAGAGUUGAAGAAAUCUUCAGAAUACAGAUAGUUUUAAUUUGCUGUAGAUAUCAGCAGUGUGCAGUUUCAUGCUGGAUGAAUGCACUCUCACAUUCAGUACCUUGGCUGCCAGCAAAUCCAAGGGACCAUAGCCUUUUCUAAGUGAAACAAGUCACUUCUACAGAUAACCCAUGAUUUAUCCAAGGAAGUGCUACUGUGCUGAGAGUGUGAAAGAUGUAGCAAUGAUGCUUCAUAAUUUGUUUCAUUUGGGUAAAUUUGGGGAUUUAUGUAUGAAUUACAGGUUUCCAUGAAGGUAUUAGAAUGAAGAAAGUUUUAUUUUUUGGGAAGAAAUAGAUAGGUAUGGUUCACUUUUUGAAGACUUAGAAAGAAAUCUAAUGGCUAGAGUAAGGGUCAUUAGCACAAGAAAAUAAAACACUGAUUUAUUUCUUAGUGUGUAGAAGUAAUUUUACUGGCAAUAAUUAAUGUUAGAUUUCUAUUUCAGCAUAUACAUGUAUAAAUUACAGUAUAAAUUGCACUCCCCAAGUUAGAUUCCUGCUUCAGGAGCUUGUUUGCUGUGAAGAUUACUCCUCAGAGACAGAUGCUCAUAGUAGCAUAAUUUUUGAUUUAAAUGUUUGUAAAUGAUGUAAUAUAAUUUCUUUUGACUAAAAAUAGAAAAAUAAUAUGUGAUAUACCUUGAAAAGUUUUUACAGGCUUUGACUGGAGGUCCUUUUUGAAGAGAUGGUAUUUUAUAUGUUUCCAGUAUUUGGAAAAGAAUUAGUCAAAAGGAAUUCACAUAAUUUAAAUAUUGAUAAAUUAAUAUUCCAAAUAAUGUACUUGUAUGACUUCUUAAUAAGCUGGGGAGGUGGGUGGGAUGGGAAAUGUAAUGUGCAAAUGAAUAAUGAUCUCUACAUUCAUUUUUAACUGACAAAACUGCUAAAUCAGAAAACAUUGUUACUUUAAUAUAUGUAUAAAGUAUUACUGUUCAUGAAGCUGCUUGCUUUUAAAAAAUUGUCAUGUAAGUAUUGUCUGUAUGUUGUGUCAACAAAUUAGAACAUUAUUAAUUUGUUAAUGACCUGAUAUUCUUGAUUUAAAAUCUCGUCUGUGGAAUUUUUUUUUAUAGACAUCUUCCUUCUCCCUUGUCAUUUCAAUAGAAUCAACCAAACUACCUAAUCUGAAAUCUCAAUCCUAAUUAAUGAUAAAAAUUUAAUCUUUGUUGGUGCAUCACAACCUGAAAGUAUUGUACUAUUUUGUAAUUUAAUUUCUAAGCAUACCACUUCAAUUUAUAAUUUAAUGUCUUAAUUGUAAUGCUCUAAUAAAAACUAGCAAAAUUAAUACGGAUUAUAACUUGAAGGGAUUUUCACCUUGUUUUGUUUCUGAAUGAAGAAUGAUUAUUAUAUUUGGGGAUUACCAGCUUUUUUGCACUAUGUAAAUACUAGUGGGGACUCUUCUGUACUAAUAAAAUUAUUAUAAAAAUA